AAGAUCAUUCUUAACUACACUCAGCCGUUGUGCUCCCUCCCACUACAGGGGGCGGCUGGGGUGAAAGGUAUCAAAAUCCAAGCCCAAAGCAGCUUAUAUCAGGCACUCAAUUAGCCAGCCAUCAUAUUUCAUUUGGUCCUUUGCAACCCGGGAAGUGAGGACCACCCGGUUUGGCAGAGGAGGAUAUUGGGGAUUACGCGCGGUUGAGAUCAUCGGGGUCAUUAGUGGGCGUGGGGAUUAGCAUUCUAACCCCGGGUCUCAGCUGUGAAUCAAUUACACCUAAGCCAUCCGCCCAAUCAGCUUCAAGUGCCGACCGUGGGCGUUGGAGGUACGAUGCAGGUCAAGUCCGGAAAGGCGUUCGCGGAGCGCAGACGACUCGCGAAGGCCGUCGGUACGAAUCGCGGGAUUUUGGCGCGCUCUUUUUGUUGGCUGGGUGUUCUCGCCAUUGAUUGGUUCCGGGCUGUGGCGGCUGCUGGGUCCACCUCGCCUGUGGAGAGGCGGCGCAGCUCUCCGCGGGCCUCCUGGGGGAUGGGCCACCAGGAAUCUCCGCUGACCAGAGCCGCGGCGGGAGGUGCAGCUUACAUAAAGAGGUUACGUAAAGUGCUCAGCUGGCGCGAACUCGAGGACGGCCACGGGAACCUGGAAGCCGAGGCCUCCCCCGGGAGCCUUGCUGUCAUCCCAGGAGCGGCGCCGCGACCCGCUACACGUCCAGCCCGGCUCCCCGCCUCGCGCCCUACUCGGCUCUGCAGACAGCCCCGGCUCGGAACGGACCAUCCUCCGGCGCGGGCUCCGAGGGGGAACCGGUUCGCCCGGAAGAGGAACAGCGCCGGCCAGAUCACAACCCAAGGUACCGCUCGUCCGCAUCUCCGGGCUAGACGGAGGGAUGAGGCAAGGGGGGCCCGGGCGGCGCCGUUGCUGCUCCCCCCGCCCCCCGCAGCCAUGGAAACGGGGAAAGAGAACGGAGCCCGCAGAGGGACAAAAAGCCCGGAGCGGAAAAGGCGAAGCCCAGUGCAGCGGGUACUCUGCGAGAAGCUGAGGCCGGCGGCCCAGGCCAUGGAUCCGGCUGUGGCCGAGGUCCCGGGCGAGGCCUUCCUGGCCCGGCGGCGGCCGGAUGGCCGCGGCGGGGAUGUUCCUGCACGGCCGCGCUACAGCCUGUUGGCAGAGAUCGGGCGCGGCAGCUACGGCGUGGUUUAUGAGGCUGUGGCCGGGCGCAGUGGGGCCAGGGUGGCAGUCAAGAAGAUCCGCUGCGACGCUCCCGAGAACGUGGAGUUGGCACUAGCAGAGUUCUGGGCCCUCACCAGCCUCAAGCGGCGUCACCAGAAUAUCGUGCAGUUUGAGGAGUGCGUCCUACAGCGCAACGGGUUAGCUCAGCGCAUGAGUCACGGCAACAAGAACUCACAGCUUUACCUGCGCCUGGUGGAGACCUCACUCAAAGGAGAAAGGAUCCUGGGCUAUGCUGAGGAGCCCUGCUAUCUCUGGUUUGUCAUGGAGUACUGUGAAGGUGGAGACCUCAAUCAGUAUGUCCUGUCCCGGAGACCAGACCCAGCCACCAACAAAAGUUUCAUGCUACAGCUUACAAGCGCCAUUGCCUUCCUGCACAAAAACCACAUCGUGCACAGGGACCUAAAGCCAGACAACAUCCUGAUCACAGAGCGGUCUGGCACCCCCAUCCUCAAGGUGGCAGACUUUGGACUGAGCAAGGUCUGUGCAGGGCUGGCACCUCGAGGCAAAGAGGGCAAUCAAGAUAACAAAAAUGUGAAUGUGAAUAAAUACUGGCUGUCGUCAGCUUGUGGCUCAGACUUCUACAUGGCUCCUGAAGUCUGGGAGGGACACUAUACAGCCAAGGCGGACAUCUUUGCUCUGGGCAUUAUCAUCUGGGCAAUGAUAGAAAGAAUUACUUUUAUUGACUCUGAAACCAAGAAGGAACUCCUGGGGACCUACAUUAAACAAGGGACUGAGAUCGUCCCUGUUGGUGAGGCGCUGCUAGAAAACCCAAAGAUGGAGUUGCAUAUCCCCCAGAAACGUAGGACUUCCAUGUCUGAGGGGGUCAAGCAGCUCUUGAAAGACAUGUUAGCUGCUAACCCACAGGACCGACCUGAUGCUUUUGAACUUGAAACCCGAAUGGACCAGGUCACAUGUGCUGCUUAAACUCCAGGGCUGAACGUCUUGGGUGUUUUUAAACUAGGUCGAUCCUUCGGGACCCACAGUCUCAUCAUGUCUCGGACAAGAUGGCAGAGGGCACAGGUGGUGGCUAUCUCCUGACAGCUGGACCUCCCACAAUGUGAAGCUUUUGCUUGGGGUUCCCACUCUCCCCUUUUCUUUUUCCUUUAUUAUAAUAAUGUUUUUUUAAACAUUAAACCAUCAAGACUUCUGAAGAGCAGAAGGCUGCACUCUGGACAGGCA